UGAUACAGAGAUCACGUGACCUCUGGAGAUCCGUGAGGAACGGCGAAGGAGAGAAAUUCGCCAAGUUGAACACAUUCUUUGUGUUAGGUUAGAACCGGCAAGCGUGUGUGAUUGUGCGUAUUUACUUGCACAGAAUAUAUAUUGCAAUGGGUCGUCUAUUAAAGUUGCCGGAGAAGCAUGCCGAAACCACCGAGACUUUCGUCUUCCUCGAGGAGGGGCAUACCCUGGGAAAUGCACUGAGCGCCGUCAUACGUGACUAUCCUAGCGUGCAAUUGUGCGGUUACACAGUGCCGCAUCCGGCAGAGAACAAGAUAAACUUCCGCAUUCAGACAACCGGCGAGAAUGCGACUGAAGUGUUGAGACGGGGCCUGGAGGAUCUGGAGAAGAUAUGCGACAUCACGAUUGAGAGAUUCGAGAAAGCGUACGAGAACUUUAAAGUGAAAGAUACCUCUAUGGAUACUACAUAAUAUUCUCGCGCACGAUAUAUCUGUUUAAAAUUAUAUGUUGACUUGCAAGGUGUGUAAAUAAACUGUUUGUAUUUAAAUAACAAUUACAAUAUAAUACCAUUAAUAAUAGUAUGCAGGAAAAUA